AAUAAAAAUAAAAGCAUACAAAAAUGGCUAAAAGAACUAUAAAGGUAGGAAUUUGCAGAAAAUAUGGAACCAGAUAUGGUUCUUCCCUUAGAAAAGUAGUUAAGAAAUUCGAAAUAUCUUAACAUAUGAAAUAUCUUUGCCCAUUCUGUGGAAAAACCGCUGUUAAAAGAACUGCUGUAGGUAUAUGGAAAUGCAAGCCUUGCAAAAAGGUUAUUGCAGGAGGAGCAUGGGAUCUAAACACACCUACUGCUGUUACUGCCAAAACAACAAUGAACCGUUUAAAAAAAUUAAAGGAAGAAUAAGCUGCUGCCGUAGAAAAAAAAUGAAAAUAAUUAAAAAAUAAAAUUAUAUAUAUUUAAAUAUAUUUGUUUUUUGUUAUUUUUUCUUUCUUUGUUUUAUUAAUUUUAUUUAAAUAUUAAAACAUUAUUGUAAA